UACAAGCAGUUACAUUGAAGCUUAAGAAACACACAGUCACCAUCUGUCUGUCGGCAACCACCAUCUGAUCUCCCAAGUCUGUUGCAACUUGCAAGUGUGGUUAUGUCUUCGAUGAGAGAGAAAUAGAGAGAGUUCUAGAGUGAGAGACCACACGUUUUUCUCUUCGGAGCGAUAGCCAGAAAACCCAGAAACCGAGAGAGUCAACUUCAGAGUGAAGAGAGAGAGAGAGAGAGAGGGAGAGAAAAGGGACAGCAGCAUUCGUGUAUAGUUUUACCAGUACUCGUGUUGAUUCAAUGUUGGUCCAAGAUCGUCCAAACCCAAAAUCCCCCAAAACCCACAACAACAACAGCAACAGCAGCAACAGAGCCUUGCCCACAGUCCACCCGAAUCGAUUCUCCGAAUCCAAAUCGCUCGAUUUCUCCACAUGGGCAUCCGAGAACCUCUACAAGAUCGUCACCAUCCUCCUCCUGAUCGCCACCGUCGCCGCCCUCUUCUUCCUCCGCAACGUCGGCGACACGGCCGCGCUCCUCUGCUUCGAGUCCCAGUCCCAGCAGCUCGAAACCAUCCACUUCCCCAAAAUCAACUGGAACUCGAUCGAGCCCAUUGUUGACAAAACUACCCCUUACGCCAAUUUCCGAUCCGAGAAGUGGGUGGUCGUCUCCGUAUCGGAUUACCCCUCCGAUUCACUUAAGAACCUCGUGAAAAUCAAAGGAUGGCAAGUGCUUGCAAUUGGGAACUCCAAAACGCCGUCGGAUUGGAGUUUGAAAGGUACUAUAUUUCUGUCUCUAGAACAGCAGGCUCAGUUAGGGUUUAGGGUUGUUGAUUUCUUGCCUUAUGACUCGUACGUUAGAAAGACAGUUGGGUAUUUGUUUGCGAUCCAGCACGGUGCGAAGAAGAUCUUUGAUGCCGAUGAUCGCGGGGAUGUGAUAGAUAAUGAUAUUGGGAAACACUUUGAUGUGGAAUUGGUUGGGGAGGGGGCUAGGCAAGAGGUUAUUUUGCAGUAUAGUCAUGAAAACCCUAACCGGACCGUUGUCAACCCGUAUGUUCAUUUCGGGCAGAGGUCCGUUUGGCCUAGGGGAAUGCCGUUGGAAAAUGUGGGUGAAAUUGGGCACGAGGAUUACUACACGGAGGUGUUUGGUGGGAAGCAGUUUAUACAGCAGGGGAUUUCGAACGGGCUUCCGGAUGUUGAUUCGGUGUUUUAUUUUACCAGGAAGUCUGGUUUGGAAGCAUUCGAUAUUAGGUUCGAUGAACGUGCUCAAAAAGUGGCAUUGCCACAAGGUAUGAUGGUGCCUGUUAAUUCUUUCAAUACGCUUUACCAUUCGUCUGCAUUUUGGGCUUUGAUGUUGCCUGUUUCAGUUAGUACCAUGGCUUCGGAUGUAUUGAGGGGCUAUUGGGGACAAAGGCUUUUGUGGGAAAUUGGUGGUUUUGUUGUUGUUUAUCCUCCCACAGUUCAUAGAUACGAUAGAAUUGAAGGGUACCCAUUUUCAGAAGAGAAAGAUCUUCAUGUGAAUGUAGGUCGUCUAACAAAAUUCUUGGUUUCGUGGAGAUCGGGGAAGCAUAGAUUGUUGUUUGAGAAAAUUUUGGAGUUAAGUUAUGCAAUGGCGGAGGAAGGUUUUUGGAGUGAGAAAGAUGUGAAAUUUACUGCGGCAUGGCUUCAGGACUUGCUUGCUGUUCGGUAUCAACAACCUAGGUUAAUGACACUUGAAUUGGACCGACCAAGGGCUACUAUUGGUCAUGGGGAUAGGAAAGAGUUUGUUCCUCAGAAAUUGCCCUCUGUUCAUCUCGGGGUUGAGGAAAUUGGUACAGUGAAUUAUGAGAUUGGAAAUUUGAUCCGGUGGAGGAAGACUUUUGGGAAUGUGGUGCUUAUAAUGUUUUGCAGUGGGCCUGUUGAACGGACUGCUUUGGAAUGGAGAUUGCUUUAUGGAAGGAUAUUCAAGACUGUUAUUAUCUUGGCGGUGCAGAAGAAUGAGGAUCUUGUUGUCGAAGAAGGCCGCUUGGACUAUCUAUACAAGCAGCUGCCAUCCAUAUUUAAUAGAUACAGCAGCGCGGAAGGGUUUUUAUUCCUUCACGAUGAUACGAUUAUUAAUUACUGGAACCUUUUGCAGGCAGACAAAACUAAGCUUUGGAUUACUGACAAGGUACCCGAAUCCUGGACUCCUGUGAGAGAUGAUGGCAACUCUGAUUGGUUUACAAAACAAGCAGAACUUGUAAAUAAAGUUGUGAACUCAAUGCCAGUUCAUUUCCAAGUCAGUUACAAGGAAUCUAUGCCUGAUCCUUCAAGCACCACAUUAUGCAGUUCUGAGGUGUUCUAUGUUCCUCGUCGCUUUGUUUCCGAUUUCAUCGAUCUCGUAAAUCUAGUUGGCGAUCUAGAUAUGCAUCAGAAAGUCGCUGUACCCAUGAUUUUCCUAUCGAUGGAUUUGCCUCAGAAUUUUGACCCAGUGUUUGGCACGAUGAUUUAUAAGCCGGACCAACCUUCUACGAAUUCCACGCCCUCCUAUUCUCCUGAAGUACCUGCUGUUCACCCGUGGGGUGUAUCGAGCGAGCAAGAGUUUAUAAAGCUGGUUAGAAUUAUGGCAGCGGGUGACCCUCUCCUAAUGGAAUUGGUUUGAAAAGGGGGGGAAAAUAAACUUUUUUAACACCAGAUUCUGCAAUUUUUUUUGUACUAUUCUUUUAGAAGGUGGGGUGGGGGUUCUUUUGUAGAUUUUUCAUGUAUAAUUGUUCACUAGUUGGAGAUUUUCAACUCCCACAGAAACAAAAAAGCAAGAAAAAAUAGAGAAAAAUCGAUCUCGUCUUUGUAUUUUUCCUUUCUGUUUUCUGGAAUGUAAGUUUUUUCCUCUU